AUGGUGUUUUGCACCUUCUGCGGUCGCGAAUUUGUGCGGAAGGAGCAUCUUCAACGACACAUCCUGACACACACCAAUCUUCGUCCAUUCCGCUGCAGCGUCUGCUGUCUGAGCUUUAAUCGUAAAGACGUCGCACGCAGACAUACACGCAUCCACGACAAGCACACCUCGCCAAACCUCAGAAGUCUAGGCUCCUCGUCAUCCACUCUAAUGGCACAAAACUGCUCUGUCGCGUGUGCCAACUGCACCAAAGCCAAGACCAAUUGCAAUAAGCAGGUACCGUGCACUCGAUGUCGGUCCAAAGGCGUUUCCUGUACACCACAUGAAACUCAGGACAGCGCAGCGGUGCUACUCAACCUGGACUCCGCAACAACGGCUCUUCCCAGCACGGGUGGCGUUGUCCCGGAUAUACGGGAGAACACAGAAUUCAAUCGGAAUAAGACACCUCCCAGGGCAUGGGGCCCCUGUAGUAUGGCGGACCAGGCGACGUUCACUUUAGCGGACGGACGCAGCAAUGAUGGUCAAGCAACGCAAGUUCCGGAUCUUGUCAGUGGAAGCAGUUGCCCGAGGACUGAGCAUUUUGUGCAUCUUCCAGUAAUUUCCUCAAGUGAGGAUGCUCCACCAAGUAUCAACGCGACAUCCACACAAAAUAUACAUAGGGCGAAGGAAGGGGACUUCAAUUGGGCAGAACUUCUACUGAGCUCAACCAAUACUCCAACAAGACCACACGCCCUCCUUGCUGGAGGCGCCUCCGCACAGCAUGAUCCAACCAUCUUCAUCAAUGAUGAUUUAUUGUCAUUCGUCCACAUCUCGGACUCUGCCACUGGCCAACACUCAAGCGGUGUUGCCCCCAUUGCGAAUGGGGCCCAGGAUGAUUCGUUUCCAUUCGAUCCAUGUAUGACCGGUAACUUUUUGGAUAUCUUCGGAGAUAAUAUUGGCCUUUCUGCCGAUUUGCGUACGCACCAUAUUGUGAAUUCAGAGCUAGGUACACCGAACAUGCAAAAUUCACCCCUGGGGCAUCGUUCGCCUUCUCAAGGGUCGUCCGAUGGUCGAGAGUCUGCUCUCAUUCGCUCUGGCGACAACGUCGCCUGCCUGGGGGACAACUUCGCAGAAUCUUCUUCGUGGUCGCAGUCAUUUGUGGGAUGGAGAGACGAGCACUUUCUGGCGGAAGAGAAAUUUACCAACGUCGCGCUGAACGAGACAACCAGAGACCGAACGCUCGGGAUUGCCCAGUCAUUCUUCACCCUCGCAUUGGACUCACUCAGCCUAAGUGCCAACCCUGGGUUGCGCUUACUACUCAAGUUGAGAAAGCACAGUUCUUCGAAGAUACUCCUACUACCGCCGAAUCCGAUCUUGCAUCAGUAUCUCGAGAACUUUCUGACGAGCUUUGAACCUUUCUUCCCUCUUGUUUCGAAAGGAACAUUGGAUCCGAACCAACUUGUUCACGGCAAUCAAGAGGAGCUUGCAGUUAUAUCACUAUUGCUCAUGAUAGCCUACGGAUCAGUGAGAGACCCAGCAACCAAGGCUCGACGCUUGUCUGCCGGUCUCCUUGAGAUUUGUAUACUAGCUCUGGUCAAAUUAGUCGACAAGGACUCCGCAUUACCCCGAAACCCGCUAACUAUUCACUGUGCGGUACAAUGCCUGUAUCAAACCGCGUUCAGUGGUGAUCACUGGCUUAUGGAUGCCACUAUAGGACAGCUGUACAUGUAUAUCAUGAUGGCAAGACAUACUGGUAUUUUUCAAGGCCCGCGCGACCAUUGGCAGCAUGAUCCUAGAAAUCUUGAGGGCAGUUGGAAUGCUUGGAUUAAGCACGAAUAUACAUCAAGGCUAUCAUAUGCUUGCCUCAUGCUAGACCAAGAAAUCGCCAUUUUCUACGACAGUAACCUAACACUUGCUAUACAUGAGCUGGAGAGACCCCUACCAGAGGCUGACGACCUUUGGCUUGCUUCGGACGCUGCAACCUGGGCGCGUCUCAAAGGCAACACGCAGGAGUUGAGGUUCCGGACCACAGAAUUCUUGCAACAAGCACCACCUUCUCUUCGUGAAUUAUUCAAGUCCCUUCUCGACCAUACAAUUGACGACUGGCAAGAUCGACUUGGAAUACUACAAAUGCGGCUGCUCUUAUAUCCUAUCCACAUAUUAGUCUGCCAGCUGUGUGAGACCUUUCUUUGUUUUCCCAGAGGCCUGCUUACAACAUCAAGUUUUCCUCGCCAUCCUUGCCAAACCUCGUCAACCUUACAGCUAGAGGAGAUUAUGUUACUCUUACGAACCUGGCAAAAUAUUUUUAACAGGCUGCCAACAAGAAACACACGAGAGGGCGCCUUCAAGAAUCUCACCCUGCUGCUUUACCAUCUUCUCAGCCUUAAAAUAUGUUCGUCAUUCACAAAUAUUGAGCGUUACAGUCUCGACAAUACUGAGCUCAUUACAAGGCAAGAAAGUCAUAUUACUGAAUCCUGCGUACGGGCUCCGCAGGAAGCAAUCUUCCAUUGUGGACAAGUCAUUAGAAUCACCAGAGAAACUGAAUCCCCACUGCGGCCGCUCUGGUGGCCAGCUGCGAUAUACCGAGUUGCUAUGAUCCUUUGGUAUAUCAGCAAAAACCAAGGUUCGCUGAUUAAUUGCAGCGGACAGCCUGACAUUCAUAUUGAUGUGUUGCCACCCACUGAUGGAGCUUGGCAGUUAUUCCUCAAGUACGACAUAGGCACUCCGCGACUCGCAUCCACCAAAGGGUCGUAUAUUGCCUUACAGGAUACGAAGCAGGUCCUUAAUAAGUGCACAGAGCUUCUCAGAACUGAUCCACCUAUUACGUCGUAUGCAGAAACCUUGGCCCUCAAGCUUGGGAAUCUAGCAAGUCAAUGUGCCUGUGACUAG